CUAAUAAUUACAUGAAAAACAAAUAUCAACAUAUUUUUCAAAAUAUAUACCCGCGCGCCUGCGCGGGUCAAAAUCUAGUUUAGUUUAAAACACAUCAUUAACAAGUUGAAAAGAUAUACAUACAUCGAUGGUCUUCUGUAUUUCACAUGGUAGCAUACACGUGACGGGAAAUUUCCUGGACCCUAAUGCCCAAAUAUUGAUAUUAUAACAAACUAACUUAUAAAGAAACUCCAUCGAAUGUAUCCAUGAUUCCAUUGGUAACUCCGGUUUAAUUACUUUUAAAGGCCAAACAAUUGCUUUAUUAGUUAAAAAGGAUUAGUUUUGUCUUAACGAUAAACUGAUUAUUUAAAAGAAAGUCAAAGCUAGCUUUAGAUGCGUACGAGAGUGAAUAAUACAAAUAGUAAACGAAGUUCUGAUCAGACAAUGGAAUUUGACUUUAGCACUUCAAACUUUUAGAACAAAUACAGAGGUCUGAAUUUCAUCUCUAUUAAUGGGCAUGGAUCUUUCUCUCAAGCUCGAGAAAGAGAAAGAUGAAGAAAGAUCAACACACAUCUGUGAGAGGAAAGAAUUAGAAGAAAAAGAAGAUGCUAGUGAAGAUAAAGAUGAAAAAAUGGUGAAAGAAGACGAAAUUGAAGAUUCUUGUUUAAGUUCAAGAACCCGACAAGAAGAAAAAGAACGUGAGGAGGUACUUAUGAUACGUCUAAAUAUACAUCAGAACAUUUUGUGUGAUAAUAUGUUAACAUCCAUGGAUGGAGAUCAGCUCUUGCAAAUGCAGAUCGAAAUGGAACAUGUGAAAGAAGAGAAUACGAGGUUGAGGAAGCUUGUAGAGCAAACCCUUCAAGAUUAUCGCCAGCUCGAGAUGAAAUUCCCGGUAAUCGAUCAAACCAACAACAUGUAUCUUGAAACGUUCCUUGGAGCACAAGCCAAAGAUCGGAAAAGAGGAGUGGAAAGAUAUGAUUCCCUGAAUUUGGUAGAGGGAGAAUUAGGGCUUUCUCUUUCUUUGCAGAAAAAGCAGAAACAAGACGAGAACAAAGAACUUGAGUCUAAUAACACGCAAAGAUACAAUAGUAGCAACAAAGCCCAGGGACAAGAUAUGAACACGCAACGUGUCAUAAUGUCUUCUCCGGGUAAUAGAAAGACCAGGGUAUCUGUGAGAGCCAGAUGUGACACUCCAACGAUGAAUGAUGGAUGCCAAUGGAGAAAGUACGGUCAAAAAACCGCGAAAGGGAAUCCAUGUCCAAGAGCUUAUUACCGAUGCACCGUGGCUCCAGGAUGCCCCGUUAGGAAACAGGUGCAAAGGUGUUUAGAAGACAUGUCGAUAUUGAUAACAACAUACGAAGGGACACAUAACCAUCCACUUCCUGUCGGAGCAACAGCCAUGGCUUCCACUGCCUCCGCUUCUCCAUUCUUGCUACUGGAUUCUAGCGACAACCUCUCUCAUCCUUCCUAUUUGCAACAAAAUGGCAGCAACAAACAAUCAGUAAGAAGCUUGAUCAACUUUGAUGAUUCAUCAUUUAGAGGAGGUGACCAUGUUUCUUCUUCCCAAAACCGACUAAACUGGAUGAUGUAGAUUCUUAACAUCUAUCAUCACUUUCUUUUGGUCCCAUUAAUAUAAGUGAAGUCACCGUCAUGUAUUCUUGUAUUUUCUUGGGUCUUAUUUUUUAAACAAUUAUGUCUCGUAUAUACAAAACUGCGGUUGAAGAUUGUUUAGUUUGAUGUUCAUCUUUUUAUAAAAAAAAGUAAGGUUAUAUAAAGUUAAAUAACAUUGUUACAAAAAAUACAACACGCCAAAGGAUGAAAAGAUUACAGAUACGAAUCUCAAGUCUCAACACGCUCGUAUAUCUCCGAUAGAAUCAUUUUAUACACAUCGCUUAGAAUCCUCCAAGAACAUAUAACUAAAGUUGAUCAAUCUCUAGACCUUGUCAAGAGGGUUUGGAGCCAGGACGGAGACAACUCUUCCUUUCUUUAUAUAAAGAUCUUUGGUGUUACGAAAGAAUCACAUUUCUACAAACUUGGCAAACUUGUGAUGAGAAAAAUAUAUAGCAAGCUGAAGACAUUAUGGAUUCUCUUUUUACCUUCAGCUUGCUAUAUAUUUUUCUCAUCACAAGUUUGGGAUAGAAUGUUGGUUCGAAACCGAAAAAUAUAUAGCAAACUGAAGACAUUACUGUAGAACCUAAAUUCUACACAAAGUAUUUAAUAGUGAUCGGGGUUGAUCUAGGAAAGAUAAAUGAUGUGGGCAACGAUAUUUUUAGAACACAACGAUGUUAAAUAAUUUUCAGUAGGUUAAAAUAGACUUUAUUGAUAACUGGGAUCGAAUCCAAUGAGUUGAACUAGAUCGAAUGAUACACAAAAGUUCGAUCAAGAAGGAAUCUAGAAGUGGGAAGACAAUAAGAUUGAUAUGAAUGUAAGGCUCUCUCUAGGGUUUUCAACGUGUCCUCUUCUUUGUUUUUUCUCCUUUCUUUAUAGCAAGUCGACUCCGAGAUUUCCGUGCCAUCUCCGCGAUCAUUGCGACCUCUGUGACUCCUUCUUCGAGCUUGAUUCUUGUUGUGGGCCUCGGCAUGUCUUGGUCCAUGUCUCUGAUCGGGACCCAUUUUGGUCUUGACCAAAAUUGGGUCUAACAAUUAUGGAUUUUUCUUUUACUUUCAGCUUGUUAUACAUUGACAACAACUUAAGGGCAUAAGUGUCUUUACCUUUUCGUCCUUCGGCAACGCUAUGAACGAGCGUUUCGUUUCGUACUCAUCAUCUCCAAACAGAGAAGCUAAGACAAAGUGGCUUUUGCGUCUGUUCCCGACCGGCUCCCUCGUCUCAAUUGCACCAACAACGAUCAAUCCUAUCAAGGCCCGCCUCAAGAAACCCUUCUCAAGGCCAUUUCUUCCUAGUUACCGUUUCAGAGUGAUUUUGUUGGAUCUGCGAUGAAGCCGCAACAAAUUUGUAAUUUCGUUUGACAACCUCGAGUACUAUUUUAUUAAUGCUAAAUUGGAUGUAUCGGACUUCCAACUUAAAAUCAAUUGGUAAUUAGUGGAUUGACACUAACUCUUUAUAUAUUACAAGUAUCUAGUGAAAUAGAGUCUUCUGAUUUUGACUUUUGAGUCAACUCUAACCGGAAUAUUAAACCAGACCGUAU